AUGUCGCAUCCCAGGUCGAGGUCCCCAUCGGUCCCCUCUGAGGGUGAGAUCAUCGAAUCAGGCCCAGAGACGAAGGCAACUGCGUCAAACCCUCCUCUUAAUGGCACCAGCGUUGACCGUCCCAUCAGAGCUAGCCCAUCCUCUGCAUCCAGAUCUCCCAUCUCUCCCGCGUCGUUGAAAGGCACUCGCUCGCCACCCCGACUGAGGUCGCCGACCAGGUCCCUCUCGAGAUCCCGCUCUCGCUCGCCCUACAGAGAGAAUAGGUCUCAGAAGCGCAGUCACGCCGAUCUUCCCGAGUCUUAUGACGGUAGCUACGACCGGCGACCCCGUCAUGAGCAUCCGCCGCGCUACAGGUCUAGGUACGACGACAGACGCCGUGACAGACCCGCUUCUAACCGGCGCCCGAAUUCCUAUUACGACUAUGUCCGUGAAAAGACUCACCCAGAGGCCCUACGAUACAGUGAUGAUUACGACCGACACGACCGACACAAGGACAAGCGGCAACGCACGCGCAGCCGCAGCCGCAGCCGCUCCCCCUAUCGUGAAUCGAGAAAAUCCAAGCAGUAUUCAGGCGAUGAACUUGAUUCGAACGUGGCUAAUGCCAGGCCUUCAGUGGAUAUCGGACGGCGCUUGCCCACUGAACAGUUGGUGAGGGAACGAGGAAAGGCCUCGAUCGCCGCUCCGGACUUGAAGCUUGGUGCUGAAAAACAAAAGACCCAGGUGCAGGCUUCUUCUGACCUUCAAGCCCAUGUGACUGACGAAGAAACCGCCCCUAACCCGGAGAUUGCGCAAGAGCCAGAGGUUGCUGAGCCCAUUAGCGAAAUUGAGGCACUCGAAGCUCGCCGUAAACGCCGUGAAGCUAUUCGGGCGAAGCACCGGAGCCAAGCCACAUCACUACAUCUCAAAGCACUGAACGUCGGUGAGGUUGAAACCGAUUCAUCUACGCCUAGCACUGAGCCAACUAGCGCAAAGGAAGCAUCUGAUUCUCCACGGGCAUCCCCCUUUGAACAACCCGCGGAUGCAUUCCCUGGUUUUAGUGUUGAAAAAGACAUUGACAUGAUCAACGCCAAUGCACCUGUUGCCGGUAUGGAUAAGGAAGAUGCCUCUGCUGCUGAUUAUGAUCCAACUCUUGAUACGAAGGAAGACAGGAGAAAGCAUGGCGAUCUACAGGAUGCAAAGAACGACAUGUCCUCUGCAGCAUACGAUGAGACCAAAUCUGCCAAGCAGGAUGUUCCCCUCCCUGGUGCUCCCCCGGCACCACUGCCGAAGACCGAGGUGCUCGAUAUGUUUGCUGACGAUGACGACGAUAUGUUUGCAGAGGAAGUGCCUGACGACAAACCGGCACGUGCUUCGGCCACAGCUGUACCUCAGGGCAGAGAACUGGACGUUAGCAUGAUGGAUAACUGGGACGAUCCGGAAGGUUAUUACAUCGUUCGCCUUGGAGAGCUGAUCAAUGGGCGAUACCAUGUUCAUCAAAACCUUGGCAAGGGAACGUACUCGUCGGUCGUACGUGCAACUGAUACGCAGACAGGAACUCCGGUUGCUGUUAAGAUAAUUCGCCAUAACGACAUGAUGCGCAAGUCUGGUUCGAAGGAGAUAAGCCUUCUAGAGCAACUGCAGGAAGCCGACCCCCAGCAGAAAAUGCACAUCAUCAAGUUCGACCGACAUUUCGAACACAAGGGUCACUUGUGCAUGGUGUUUGAGAACCUCAGUAUGGACCUGCGUGAGGUCCUGAAAAAGUUCGGUAGGGACGUUGGCUUGAACCUACGCGCGGUUCGGGCCUACGGUCAACAGAUGUUCCUUGGGCUGAGUCACCUUCGCCGGUGUAACAUUGUGCAUGCAGAUCUCAAGCCGGACAAUCUUCUUGUGAACGAGCAACGCAACAUUCUGAAAAUUUGUGACUUGGGUUCGGCGACGCUGAUCUCUGAGAAUGAGAUGACGCCUUACCUUGUCAGUCGUUUCUACCGUGCCCCAGAAAUCAUGCUGGGUAUGGAUUAUGACUAUGCCAUCGAUAUCUGGUCCAUUGGCUGUACCCUCUUUGAGCUGUACACCGGCAAGAUUCUCUUUACCGGCGAAGACAACAACCAGAUGCUGCGUUCUAUCAUGGAGUGCCGAGGCAAGUACCCACCGAAGCUUCUUCGCCGUGGAACCCUGUCGCCUCUUCACUUUGAUGAAAAGUUCAAUUUUCACAGCGUGGAACCAGAUAAGAUCACCGGCCGUCUCCGCACCAAGAUUAUGGACUUCAAGAAACCGAAACGCGACUUGAAGACACGCCUCAUGGCACAAGGAACACGUGGGAUGCCGGAUGCCGAGGUCAAAGAACUGACAAUGUUCUUGGACUUACUCGACCGGUGCUUGAGUCUUAACCCUGAUAAACGGAUUACGCCAGCCGAUGCUUUGAAACACCCAUUCCUGGCGCCGAGGGUGUAA